UUCCUGGGUGCCAAGUACUUGAAGUCAAUUCAUUUCACCCUCACAACAGCCUGUGAGGUGGGGCCAACACUAUCUCUGGCUGCUGAGACCGCAUUCAGGGAGGACAGACAUCUUGCUCAAGGGUCCCCAGACUGGGAUUAGAACUGAGAAAUUGCACUGCCCAUAUCUCAGCCUGCGGCUCCUGUCCUCUCUGCUGUGCUUGGCUGACCUUGUGCUGGGCUCCACGAUCCCAGGAGGAGUAGGCGCACCCAUGCCCCUGCGUGUUUCUGUGGAGCUCUAACAUGCAGAGCCCCUGUGUGUGCCAGUUGCUGUGUGUGCCACAGCUGUGGACCAGCCAGAUGCUGACCUGCCCUCCAGAGGGGGUGCUCAGUCUGGGGUAGACCUCAGACCAGGUAACACAGAUAAUUAUGUGAUUCCACAUUAUUUAAUCACAGAUAGUAGUGGAAUUAUACAUUAACUAGGUAAACCAGGGUCUGUGAAAGAGUUGAGGGAGUGGGUGAUCUGAACUUGCCACGGUGAGCUUCAGGUAGGGCUGGAUCCAGAAGCUCAGGGCUCUCCUCUUGCUGUGCUGGCCUCAGCCCUGGGGGGUUGUCUCUAGUGCAGUGUGUGAGAGGUGAGAAGGGGGCCGCAGCAUCCAUCAACAGAAAACAUGGCUGCUCCUUCCCAGCCAGCCUAACCCAGAACUGCUCCUCACUGGCCUGCCUUGAGCCACAUGUACUUCCCUGAGCCUAUCGCAUGGCCAGUUAGGUUUACAAUACAUUGAUUUAUAGUCUGGGAUGCUUGCCUGGGUAGGAGGGGAAACUCCCUGGACUGAGAAACAGUGGUGCCCAAAGAACAAUUGAGGUUCACACGUUAUACAAAAAUCGGCCCUAAAUGGGCUAUGUAACCGGAAGUGAGCUGGACACCGUGGCUCAUGCCUGUACUCCCAGCACUUUGGGAAGCCAAGCCGGGUCACCGUGACUUCAGGAGUUCAAGACCAGCCUGGGCAACGUAGUGAAACCCCAUCUCUACAAAAAUACAAAAAAAAAAAAAUUAGCCAAGCAUGGUGGUGCAUGCCUGAAGCGAAACUCCAUCUCAAAAAAAAAAAAAAAACUGAGGUGGGAGGAUCGCUUAGCCCAGGAGGCAGAAGUUGCAGUGAGCUGAGAUUGUGCCACUGCACUCCAGCCUGGGUGACAGAGUGAGAUCCUGUAGUAAAUUAAAAAACCAAACCCUGGAAUGGCUACACUACUUGGAGGAAACAUGGGAAAGUUCUAGAAAUUGGUCUGGGCAAUGAUUCUUGGAUAGAACCCCAAAAGCAAAGGCAUCAAAACCAAAAAUAGACAAAUGGCGUGGCACCCGACUAAAAAGCGUCUACACAGCAAAAGAAACAAGUAACAAAGUGAAGAGAGAGCCUAUGGGAUGGGAGAAAAUAUUUGCAGAUCAUAUACCUGAUAAGGGGCUAACAUCCAAAAUAAGGAAUUCAAGUCAAUAACAAGAAACAAAUACCCCAAUUUAAACACGGGCAAAGGGCCUGAACGCACAUUUCCCAAAAGAAGACAUUAAAAAAUGCUCAGCAUCACUAAUCAUGCAGGAAAUGCAAGCUAAAAUCUCAAUGAGACACCCCCUCACCCCUGUUAGAAAGGCUAUUACCAAAUCCAGCAGAGGUAAGUGCUCGUGAGGAUGUGGAGAGAGGGAAGCCUUAUGUGCUGUUAGUGGGAAGGUAACUGGGCGCAGCCAUUUUGGAAAAUUGUAUGGCAGUCCCUUAGAACACUAAAAAUAGAACGACCAUGUGACGCAGCAACCCCACUUGUGGGUAGUAUCCACAGGAGUUGAAGUCAGCAUGCUAAAGAGGUGUCUGCAUCCAUGUUCACUGCAGUGCCAUUCACAAUGGCUAAGACACGGCAGCAGCCCAACCGCCCAGCAUCAGACGGAUGGGUAGAUGGUCUGUCUACACUGUCCAGCCUUAACAAAGAGGGACAUUCUGCCAUUUGUGACAACACACAUUCCACCAGGGAUGAACCCAGGACGAUAUGCUAAGCGAAAUAAGCUAGGCACAGAAAGACAGUUACCAGAUGGUCUCAUGUUUAUGUGGAAUCUGAAAAAGUUGAACUAGAAGUAGAGAGAAUAGUGGUUACGAAGGGCCGGAGAGGGCAGACGUCGCUCUUAGGGUACAGAAUUCCAGUGAGGAAGAGUGAGCGAAGGUCCUGCUGCACAGCAUGGCAAACAUCCCUGAUGAUAACCUCGUGUAUCUCAGUCGCUUUAAGAGUAUAUUUUAAGUGUUAUGAUUUAUUUUUUUUGAGAUGGAGUCUCGCUCUGUCGCCCAGGCUAGAGUGCAAUGGGGCAAUCUCAGCUCACUGCAACCUCCGCCUCCUGGGUUCAAGCAAUUCUCCUGCCUCAGCCUCCCGAGUAGCUGGGAUUACAGGUGUGCACCACCACGCCCAGCUAAUUUUUUGUAUUUUUUGUAGAGACGGGGUUUCACCGUGUUAGCUAGGAUGGUCUCGAACACCUUGACCUCUAAUCCACCAGCCUCAGCCUCCCAAAGUGGUGGGAUUACAGGCGUGAGCCACCACACCUGGCCAAGUGUUGUUUUUUUUUUUUUUUUCUAGCCUGUCUGAAUCUUUCUACAAUGCAUAUUGUAGAAAUCACAUUUCUACACUAUCACAUCAGAACAUAUUGUACCCCAUAAAUAUCUACGGUUAUGUGGAUUAAAAAUUUAAAGAGUAACUGGGGAGAAGAGCGGAGCGGGAAUGCUGGAUGGUUAAAACCAGCCAAGAUCCCCUGCAGGGGUUGACCCAGAAAGCAAAGGUCAGCAGGAGUGGCCAGGUCAAAGGCUGGAGGGUGGCCCAGUAUGGGAGGGGAGCAGCCCUCACUGUGAGAUGCCAGGGGACACUCCUUGGUGAGGUGAAAAGGGGCCGUGCCUCACCAAAGGGUUCAGAUUUUAUUCCAAGCAAGGGUGGAGGCGGGAUGAUCUGGUUCAUGUUUCAGAGUGUAAGCUGGCCACCACCGCAGGGCAGGAUCACAGGGCCACCUUCCUGUGCCUCCCCUCCUCUCCUCUCCAGACCUCCCUCCCCUCCCACCUUCCCAUGUGCCCCUUCCCCUCCUCCCCACAUGCUCCCUCCUUCCCACAAAGUCCUCAUCACCCCCACAGCCCUCUGUCACCUCCAGCCCUCCAGCCUCCUCAUGUGGCGCAGGGCCACAUGAUGGUGGUAAAAAUAACUCCCUUUGACAAAGUGUGAAGGGGGCAGAGGAAGGAGGAAAGCUGGGCCUCAGUGCUAGGAAGGAGCUCUGGGUGGGUUCUGAGCUCUGGGUCACACUCGCUCACUGGGGACACGGCAAUCACUGGCUCUGCCCCCAAAAGUACACACCCAGCGCCAGCAGCAGCGACCCACACCGGGUGAAGUAGCCCCAAGAGCGGCCCCCAUGGCAGGUACUGUGGCAGAAGUUGGGCGGCCUCCCCGGGUGAGCAUGCAGGAGCACAUGGCCAUCGACGUGAGCCCUGGCCCCAUCCGGCCCAUCCGCCUCAUCUCCCACUACUUCCCCCACUUCUACCCUUUUGCGGAGCCCGUCCUGCACCCUUCGGACCCUUGUUCCACAGCGGCAUCUGCCAUUCGCUCUGCACCCCAGCCACAACCCGACCCAGAGCCAGAGGGAGACUCAGAUGACAGCACUGCCCUGGGCACCCUGGAGUUCACACUUCUUUUUGAUGCGGACAACAGUGCCCUGCACUGCACAGCUCAUCGUGCCAAGGGCCUCAAGCCAUUGGCCUCAGGCUCCAUGGACACCUAUGUCAAAGCCAAUCCGCUGCCAGGGGCCAGCAAAGCCAGCCAGCUUCGGACACGCACCGUUCGGGCCACAAAGGUAACUGUCUGGGAGGAGACACUCACCUACCACGGCUUUACCCGCCAGGAUGCUGCAGGCAAGACCCUUAGGCUAUGUGUGUGUGAGGACCCAUGGUUUCGGCGACGGCGGUGGGCACCUUCCCUCGGGGAACUGCGGGUACCCCUGAGGAAGCUGGUGCCCAACCAAGCCAGGAGCUUCGACAUCUGUCUGGAGAAGUGGAGGCUGACCAAGAGGUCCAAGAGCCUGGACACAGCCCAUGGCAUGUCCCUCUAUCAGGAGGUGGAGACAGAGGUGGCCGGGGAGGAACGUGGGCGCGUCCUGCUGUCGCUGUGCUACAGCUCUCAGCGGGGCGGCCUGCUGGUGGGGGUGCUGCGCUGCGCCCACCUAGCCCCCAUGGAUGCCAACGGUUACUCAGACCCCUGUGAGUGUGCGCCUGUGAGUGUGAACGGGGUGUGCAGGCGGGAGGUAAGGGUGAGGCUGUGGCUCCUCACCUCUCCAGGGCCACACCUAACCCACCAAUCCUCCCGAUCAGUUUCCUGCAUCCAAAUACAGGGAAGAAAUCUAAAUUCAAGACCAGUGUUCGCAGAAAGACCCUGAACCCAGAGUUCAAUGAGGAAUUCUUCUACUCAGGCCCACGGGAAGAGCUGGCCCAGAAGACGCUGCUGGUGUCUGUGUGGGACUAUGAUCUGGGCACAGCUGACGACUUCAUUGGUGAGUGGGAAUGUGAGGCGCUGGGGUGGGGGCCUGGUAGGCUCCUGGCAGUUUCUGACCCAUCCCCAUGGCAGGCGGGGUGCAGCUGGGCAGUCAUGCCAGUGGGGAGCGCCUGCAGCACUGGCUUGAGUGCCUGGGCCACAGCGACCACCGCCUAGAGCUGUGGCAUCUGCUGGACAGCAGGCCUGUCCAGCUCAGCAACUAGCCGA